AUUGGACUGACGCAAUGAGCGGCGGCCGAACAAAAUCAUGGAAAGUGUUGCCCCCGUUCACAGCGGCAGCGCACAACAUUCCCAAGAAGCCGGUUACUACAGCGAUUUCAGAUAAUUCGAUUUUUGAUUGAAAAUUGGCCAUGAGUUCAACAAAACACAAAGAAAAACCACAGAAGAGCAACGAUUCGGAGCCCGAGGAAAAACUACGAGUUCUUUGCUUGCAUGGAUAUCGACAGAAUGGAAACACAUUUAAAUCAAAAAUUGGUGCAUUCCGGAAACAUUUAUUGAAAUAUGGCGAAUUUGUGUUCUUAUCCGCACCGCAUAUGGUUCAAACGACAAAUGGCGAAGCAUCAAAAGGUAGCAGCGUAAUACAACGCAUCGAGGACAGUGACACAUCGACCGAAACAAUUGAAACCGAUGAUGAUUCAAGAAGCUGGUGGUUCAACAGUGAAGAUCGUACGUUCAAGGGAACGAAUAAAAAUGGGCCUGCAUAUGGAUUUGAUGACACCAUCCGAGCGAUUGAACACGCAUGGAAAAUGCUUGGACCAUUUCAUGGCAUUUUGGGUUUUUCACAAGGCGCCUGUCUCGUUGGAUUGAUUUGUAAUCUCAGCAUGAGAGGCAUGACAAGCAUCAAUCCACAGUUUGCUAUUUUGGGGGCUGGUUUUCGGUCGGGUAGUUUGGCUCAUGCGAAUUAUUAUGAAGAUCUCAUCUCAAUUCCAUCUCUGCAUAUUAUGGGAGAAACUGAUGAAAUAAUUCCAAUUCAAAUGAGCAAAUCACUGGCAGCAUGCUUCGAUGAGCCAACCAUUGUGGAACACUUGGGCGGGCACUAUUUUGCUGCCACAGCGCAACAGAGACCUUUUUAUGUUGAGUUUUUCAAGAAGCGCCUUAUCGAAUACCUUGAACAAAAAGAGCUAGAACGGGAAGAUGCAGUGGUGAUUGAUCCACUGGAUGGUAUCCCAUCAACAUCAGCCGAUAUGAUGUCUGAUGAUUCCGACUGAAGUGGCUUCAUUCACUCAAGAUAAACACGAAACCACCCUUGUAUUCAAGUAUUUGUGCAUAUUUCCAAUUUAUCAACUAGGAUAAAGCAAUUGAGUUGGUAUUUAUAAGAAAUGAAGAAAUGAACAUGUAAACAUUUAAUAUAAUUUUUAAACGAAUAAAUAAAACAGAAAUUAUUUAUACCAAAAUGAAAGGUGAUUUUUUGUGCGUCGAAAGCAAUUGGAAUAUAUUGAAAAAGUACGUCAUGUUUUAGUUAUAUUAUCCAUUCAUUUUUGGUUUUAUUCAUCUUAUUUGAUUAUUUCAUAACAAAGUGUCGAAAAUGUUUGCAUAGUAGAUUUAAGUGAGCCCUAAACCUUUGAUUCCAUACAUUAUUACCGUGACAUGGAAGUAGAAUAAUGUGGAAAAG